AUGGUUACUACUGGAAAUAAAAGUCAGGCACAGUCAGCUUUCCAACGGUACCACUUGAAGCCCCCACGCCCAACGCCUUCUGGCCCCACUUUCAAAUGUGCCGAUAUCUCCAAACCCGUGUGGAGCCACGGACCUCUGCCAGAUAAGCUCCUCCUGGUGAGAAGACUGGACACAAGAAUGGCCACACAAGCACCCAUCUUACCCGACUCUUGCUUCAAAGACCAUGCCCAUGGUGAAAGUCUGGUCAAAGCGAUAAAUCAUUUUGCGCUCGAUCUGUACCAACACACGAUAAAGAGUGAAAGAAAGAACGUGUUCUUUUCUCCACUGAGUAUAUUCACCGCUCUUAGCAUGACGUACGGAGGAUCACGUGAUUUGACCACGUCCGAAAUGGAAGAAGUCAUGCACUUGGCACCACUAAAUCAGAAUAUUCAUUGUACAUUCAAAGAGCUACUUGGCUCGCUGAAAUCCCCAAGCCCCCAGUUAAAUAUGAAAGGUAAAAUAUAUUCCAAAGAAGAACUUAUCGAUAUGAUGAAAUCUGGUGCCCGACCAAGUGCCGAUUACCAGUUAAAUAUGGCAAAUAAAAUAUAUGCCAAAGAUGACCAUCCGUUCCUCCAAGAUUUCAUCAGCAUGAUUCAAACUGAUUACAUUGCUGACAUUGAAAAAGUCAACUUUGCUAAAGACGCUGAAGCUAUUCGACAAAAUAUCAAUAGAUGGGUUGAAGCAGAAACUGCAAAUAAAAUCAAAGACCUGAUUCCCGGUGGGGUGUUGGAUGCUCUGACGUGUCUGGUUUUGAUCAAUGCAAUUUACUUUAAAGGAGACUGGGCUACUAAGUUCAAACGUUACAAUACCGAAAAUGAUGUCGAUUUCCACAUUAGUGACACUAAUAAAGUAAAAUUUGAUAUGAUGAAUAUUAAUUCUUCGUUUUACAUGGAAUCUCUCCCAGAUCUGAAAUCGAAAGUCCUUGAACUACCUUACAUUAACAACAAGCUGAGUAUGAUCAUUCUUCUUCCUGACGAAAAGAAUGGCAUAUCUGAACUGGAAAACAAACUAUCAAUAGACAUUCUUCAAACAAUCUGCUAUCAAGUUCGAGGAUGGAAAAUGGAAGUGGACGUGUCCCUACCAAGAUUCAAGAUGGAGCAAAGUUUUGACCUUGGAAAUUCUCUAACAACCUUGGGGAUGAAGCAGCUUUUCCAAGAGGGAAGUGCCGACCUCUCUGGUAUUAAUGGAACUAAAGAGCUAUACGUAUCCAAAGUUCUACACAAAGCAUUUGUUGAGGUGAAUGAAGAGGGAAGCGAAGCAGCAGCUGCAACAGCCGUGGUUUGCCAGCUUCAAUGUGCACGCUUUAAUAUUACUCCAACGUUUCGCUGCGACCACCCCUUUAUAUUCUUCAUCAGAGACAACCGUUCUAAUGCUAUUCUUUUCAUGGGGAAAUUGGCAACUCCAUAA